AUGGAAAAACUGACAGAGGAACAGGAAGAAAAACUCUGCCUGGCUAGCCUCCCUUUGCGCAACUAUUUGAUGAAAUACGUGUUGCCAACCUUGACGCAAGGACUCAUCGAAGUUGCAAAUUUGCGUCCAGACGACCCAGUUGAUUAUCUCGCUGAAUAUCUGUUCAAAGAAAAUCCAGAGGGCAAGAUGUUCGAGCCGGAGCACACGAAUGCUAUGGCUUCGAUUCUGAACAUGAUCGACAAAUUCAAUACCUUCUUGCUUCCCGAGGAAGAGGUGAGCAGCCAAGUAUUACAACUGUUGAAACGGAAAUCGCCAAUGGAAGAAAUAGAUUCCAGCGAUUCGGAUGUGUGCACGAUUCAAAAGACCACACCGUGUUACACUUAUGACGAGGACACGUGCGUAGAUGAAGAAAAUGACAUAACCUCCGAGCUGACCGAACUCGACGAAGAGGAUUGACGAAACUCAAAGACAGGAAGAUGCAAGUCCCGGAGGAUUUGCAUGUUUGGCCAAGCGGAUUGAUAAUUAAUUAAUCUGCACGUGACAUGAUAAUGGCAAUAUUUGGUUUCGCAAUGUCAUCCGGAAUUCCUGUAAUUUGUUGAGCCGUGCAUACUAAUGAUCGUUGCGAUAUUUGCAUAAUGUAUCGAUUGCUCGUGCUACGGUCUUUUUGUCUUUUUUGGAUAUAUUUUGAAAUUUUGAAAUUAUGAGUUUUACGAGAAAAUUGUUAUUCAGUUUAUAUUUGCGUAUAAGAUACUUAUAAAAUAUACUAAUACGUUUUAAGAUGAUUGAUAAGAAAUAUUGAUGAAUAAAUAUAUAUUUGUGCGAAUAAAAGUUAAAGAUUACAGAAUUAUAUAGAAUUUAGAAAUUUAAUAAUUAUAAAAAUUUUGUGGAUAAAUUAUGGAAAAAAUUUGUUUCUUUGCGUGUAUCGUAUUUUUGAAAUUAUAUAUUUGGCUUAACAGUAUCGUCAAUUACAAUUUUGAUUCGAGUGACGAAUAUCAAAAUUUUCAAAAUAAUUCUUUUUUCAAUAAUUUGAUAAAUUAUUUAAAUUUAUAUAUGCAUCGAAAUUUUGUACAAUUCCAAAAGAAAAUGAAAUAAAAAUUUUUUUCAUCGAUCAUUUCGUUUUUAGAAAGAUAAAAAUAACUCUGAAAAAAUUAGUAAUCGUAUUAUUCAAUUACAUAAUUUGUUAAUUAUAAUUUUAUUUCGUUUUGUUAAAUUUGUAUUUUAGAAAACCUUUUCUUAAGUCCUUACAGCGUGUAACAGAUGCCCCUUUAGAGGAUAGUUUAAACGAUUAAAGGAAACUAUGUGUGAAGAUGGGAUAAAUCAAAUUGUAAUUGAAUCUAAUUACAGGAUAUUUAAAAC